AUGCCAGACUCCAGGCCGGCGCACAGCGAUGCGGACACAAACAUCACGCUCGAGACGGCCCAUGAGCUCUCGCUGGACUUUGACUUGACCAACUUGCGGCUCCUCAAUUCAGCGCAGCUUGCCAUCGUGCAGUAUCAUCCCGAUGCAGAAGAGGUGCAUGUCCAGGCUGCCGAGGCCUUGUGGAUGCGCCGGAGAGCCAAGGCAGACAAGCGCAAGCGGGACAGCAGGACUAUGCCCGCCCCGCCUCCAAACGCACUCCCCGCCGGUCCAGUGCCUGCCGUGCCAACGUCCAAUGACAGCGUUAUGCAGACGAUCAAUGAGCCCGAACAACCUGUUGCACCAGUCUCGGACACGUCAGAAGCUCCACUCGGUGCGCUGACGCAGGCGGACCUGCCAGCCCCUAAUGCUACGGCAGCUAUCCCCACUCAGACGGCGUCAGGAUCACUCCCAAAGGCGGUCGGCACUCGACCAACGCCUAAGAAGACGAGUAGUCUGACUCAGGCCAAAAAGGCAGAAGCAGCUCGGCUGCUCAAAGAAAGCGUUCAAGCCAAACAGGCACGUACGCUGCCUCCGGUCGCAAGGUCCACCACCGAAGGAUGCGAAGCCGCGACAGAGAUCCGCAAAGCCUAUGGACAGGUCUUCAAAAUACCCCUCGAGGCCAUACCCGCCGAGAUCAGUCGCAUCAAGCAGAGCCUACUCGAGCUCGUGGGCUCGCUCCGCGAGACGGCGCCUGGUACUGCACGCAUCGUUUUCGUGCAGCAGCUUGACAACGCCAUGACAUCACUCAACAUGCUCGAGGAUCGUCUUCCGCGAGAAUCCGUCAAGCGUCUCGAGGAGCGCGAUCUGCAAUGGCACAACAGGGUGGAGACAAUUAGUGAGCCCGCAGACUUGCUCGAUAUGAUCUAUCUCCUCGAUGAGCAGCUUCGUACGCUGGCAGCUACGCAGCCGGCUACUGCCGAAUUCCAUACGAACAUGACACAAUGUCGAGCUGCUCGCUCUGAGCUCAGGAAGCGCUUGAUAAAUUUGCCCAAGGCGCCAAAGAUUGUCGACAAGCCGCUGCCACAGUCAUACAUACGACCAGCUGACGUACCAGCGCAACGUAGCAAAUCGGAAGAGCGCUAUCUGGCGUUGCGCGCUCAAUUGAAGCAACGGGUUGCUGCCCCUUCUUAUCUGCCAGCAGCGCCCUCGCAUCCAGCGUCUCCGCCGGUCAGUAACGCCACGCCCGGGCGAGCGACGCCAAGCUCCUCUGAAAUCCCGCUGAACUCAUCGGCAAGCGCUACCGAAGCGCCUCCGCCUGCGCCUCUGCCCUUGCUGGCCAGAAUCAGCGAUGGAAGAGCGGGGACAGCGACUCCGCCAGAGACCACUCCUGCUGCUCAUGACCAGGAGACGACUACUAUUACCCCGUCUUCGAAAUCGCUUGGAAAACAGAAUGCCGACUCCGGCAAGUCUGCCCCGGCUCGCAUCAAGAGCAAGACGAUCUUGCUCAAAGUAAUUCCCAAGUUCAUCAAAGCAGAAGAGGAAGAGGAUGUCAUCUUCGUUGACGCCUCGAGUAUCAGCAAGCGGAAGCGCACUACAUCUCGGCGCACCGCCAGUCCUGCUUCUGCUCAGGCAGGACAAUCCACUUUUCCUGUCAAUAACGCUCAGAGUCUGAGUGCUGGCGCGAUGCCGGUGACGGUUCCUAACGCAGACAGGCGUAGUGUUGAUAGCGGCGAAUCUAUGGACAUGGAAAUUGAGACCGAUCUUCAAAAUGCGCAAGCAGAGGCACGACCUGCACAGGCGCCUCACAGCUCUUCAGUGACCACUCAAGCUAGCCAGAGGGCUCAUAACGCCCAGACACCCGUGGCUCCAGGUCCAAAGCCGUCUACGCAAGAGCCGAUGCCAGCCGUUCGGCAGGCCGAGCGAUUCCAAUCAGCAGCGCUGGUUGCGCCGCCCCGGGACGCUGCCAUUCAUCGCAAUACGUCCGGAAGGUAUGAUCGCUCCCUAUCGCCCAGCUCUUCCCGGACGGCUCGCUCGCUUCGCGACAGAUCGCCCUUAGGCCGCAGGCCGUUUGGCGACCGUGAGCGAUCGCGCUCGCCUCGCAGAUCAUUGUCGCCUUACCCAUCUCCUCGCCGACGGUCACGUUCGCCUCGCAGAAGAUCGCCUUCGCCUUAUCGACGACCGAGAUCGCCUCGGCGUAGGUCAAUAUCGCCUCGCAGGCGUUCGCCCUCGCCUCGUAGACGCUCACCUUCGCCCAGAAGACCGCUACCACCGCGGAGACGCUCGCCUUCGCCUCGUGACUAUCGACCCGGCCGACAGAUGCCGAAUGAUGCCCGCUUCGUGCCAGCUCAGAAGUCUAUGGGUACGUCAGCUCCUGCGCAAGCCGCUCCUCCGUCAACCACUCCUGUGCAAGCUGCCUCUGCAUCUGUCGCACCUGUACAAGCCACAAUUCCGUCGGUCUGGCCGGUGAUUCCGGCGAAGGCUGCGACAGAUCCGAGUCUCCUUGGGCAAAACGCUUCGGCACCCAUCUCGGGCGCUCUUCCUCCCGUACCAAUAUCUGCGCCCGUUUCGACGUCCGCACCCUCGGUAGCGCCCUCAGCAGCUGCAAUGCUACCGUCGCCGGCAGCACCGAUGAUGCCCAAAGAGCCGCCCGUGCCCAUCCAAACAAGAUUGGCGCCGCCGCCCUUAUCCAGCAAGCCCAUUCCCCAAACGGCAAAGGCUCAGGUCAAAGAGACAUCCGCAGCAUCGGCUACGUCUAACAACGAGUUGACCGCGCUGAGUCGCUCUGUUCUCAAAUGGCCUGCCGUCAACGAGCUCAGGCCUAUCAUUCCAGAUGAUGGCAAGGUGCUUCCGGCAGACUUACUGGAGCGAUAUUUCCCCAUCACGAUCGACGCCAUACCCUCUAACAUGACCGAGAAGCUCAUGUGGAACGUUCUUUGCCGCGGUGAUGGGGUUGACAGGCCACUGGCGAUGAAGCUCAGCAAGGGCGCCAAAGCGACGAUGUGCACAGCGCUGUAUGCAACUGAUGCUAGCGCUGGGCGAGCUGUCGUUGCGCAUAGUGGUAUGUUGCUGAGUUGGCCGCCGCAAGGCAAGACUCAUGCGUAUCGAACAAUUCCCCGUAAUUUGAAUAUGACCUACAAUAACGUCGGAAGGACCGGUCUGGCGGCGAUGUCAUCGCUCCCCCAACAUUUACUGCCUCCCAGCGUGCGCAGCCACGUUCAGCAAACAGGGCAGACGCCAUUGGAUCCACGCGCUAAGCCCUCAGUGCAAAAGAAUGUGCCGCAGCUUCAGAUUUACGCUCGUGCUGACCUGACGAACCGAAUUGCUCCGCACACAUCUCCGCCGAACGGUCCCUCACCCAGAUCCGUACGACAAGACGAGCACGCCUCGCUGAUGGAGCGUUUAGGUUCGCCGAGUACGCGGCCUCCCGCACCUGUGUAUCAGCCAAUGCAUCGCGCGGCACCCAAUUUAGCAGCGCGCGUCGCACCGCGGUCAAACCAUCCCAUGUGGAACAAUUAG